UGGGCUGUAGCAGUGAGCAAUCUCAGCAUGUCUUUCCCAUCCGAAACACCACCACAUCCAGUUGAAAUCCUAUGGUGACGGGCUCGACCACAUCCCAUAUCAAGCUCUUCUCCUCUUACUUCUGUGAAGAGGCAAUUCUUCUGCGUUAUAUGUCGUCAACACAUCAGCAUGGAGGUCAUCGAGGUCUAUCCCACAAAUUGUAUAUCCAUCCAUGCCUAUUUUGAGUCCCUCUCCUUUCCUCCCAUGUUCUCGAUUCCCCAUCUGCUUGGAAAGUCCAAUUUCAUUGCAUGGCGUGCCUUUAUGGAACCAAUCCUCCUGAAGAACACCUAUUCGGCGAAGCUCAUACUGGGAGAAUGGAAUGAACCCAAGGCGCAGGUGACUGCCGGCGAAAUGGGCGCAGAAACUGAUCAAGCCCGAAAGGACUGGCAAUUCGCAAACACAGCUACCUGCCGCUUCAUCCGUGCUACUCUGGCAUUGAAUGUGGUACCGUUCGUUCGUCAACAUAGCACAGCCAAAGCAUUGUACCUCAACCUCAUCUGGCUGUACGGCGAAGAUGGGGGAAUCGAUACCCAAGGGGGACCACCAGUUCCGUCAGAUGUGAAGUCGGCCAACCCACAGAGAAACCGUGCAAGCUUGCUCGCUGCACUAGAGAGCGACAGACCCUUGGGAGAUUUGUUCGGCAGCAAUCUGCUUUCAUCACCAUCAUCGUAUCCCAGCUCGAACUCCAGCACGACAUCACUGCUGCCCAAGGCCUCAACCUCGUCAAUCGCGGCGGGCGAGGGCAAGAGACCCGACUCCCAGGCUCUGCCACCGAAGUAUCUGCGAGAAAUCACUGCACAAGCGCCACCACCACCAUCCAGAAUCCAUAUCUACGAACGGACAAGGAUCUCCCCUGACCCCAGUCUUGAAACGAUACAUGAAGAGCCUCAUCCAGGACAGAGGGUCUCGUUCGGUCGUGGUGGAAGCUCCGGCAGCAAAGACAGAAGCGUCAGUCCGAUCAGCUCGUCGGGAGCAAGUGAUGUCGAUGAUAUUGUGAGUGGCAUGGCGCUCCACCUUCAAUCUGGAGUGCAGACCGACAAAACGCAGGAUUUGAGUCCCAUCGAAGAUCUCGACGAUGCAAGCCAUACGAAACAUCACGACGAAUCUAGAACAGACACCGUUGUCAAAGUUCCACCAAAGUCUCGCGUCAGCACCGGCACGCAGAAACAGUCCAAGACACGUGAGAAGUUCUCGUUCUCCUUCCCACUUCGCCGGCUAAACAAGGACAAAAUCAAGAACAAAGAGCAGGAGAAGGAGAGGAAGUGAGUAGUCAUAGGUGUUUACUCUUGGGGACCAGAACCUCAGGAUGGUGCAACUGUACGUUGAAACGGAAAGGAGUUAGGCAUUGUUCGAAGGGAUGGUCUGACUUCAAUUUCAACCCUCAGAUUUCUAUCAUGUAUCGU